AUGGGUCGCGUCCGUACUAAGACCGUCAAGCGCUCCGCCAAGGUCAUCAUCGAGCGUUACUACCCCAAGCUUACGCUCGACUUCGAGACCAACAAGCGUCUGUGCGAUGAGGUCGCUAUCAUUGCCUCCAAGCGCCUGCGCAACAAGAUUGCUGGCUAUGCCACCCACCUUAUGAAGCGUAUCCAGCGUGGCCCUGUCCGCGGUAUCUCCUUCAAGCUUCAGGAGGAGGAGCGUGAGCGUAAGGAUCAGUACGUUCCUGAGAUCUCCGCUCUGGAUGUUUCCCAGACCGAGUCUGGUCAGCUUGAUGUCGAUGCCGACACCAAGGACCUGCUCAAGAGCAUGGGCUUCGACAACCUCAAGGUCAACGUUGUCCCUGUCUCCCAGCAGCAGCACCAGGACCGCCCCCGCCGCUUCCGGUAA